AUGUCGCAAACUCGCACUGUUAUCGUUGUUGGCGGCCAUAGCGUCACUGUAUUUGACCAACAUGAUUAUAUACAGUCGAAAUACGACCCCGAACACCACCCUAAUGGCCAAAUAGCGUCGGUUGAUCACAACAAGAUUCUACGACCAUCGUAUGGGGCCAAAAUACACUACCAAAGAUUAGCACUCGAGAGUCGCGAGGAGUGGCUGAAAAUAAACAAGGACAGCGGCAGCGAAUUGUUUGUUGGGUGUGGCAUGCUCCGCGCCCAGCCAUCUGCCCAUCUAGGGGCGCUGGAGAAGGAAACCCUGGCCAACAUGGAGAGAGAUGGACUUCGCGACACCCAGUUUGUGAAGAGCAAUACUGAUGACCGCCAGCGAGCUGCCGACCGUGGCUGGCAGAACAAACUAUUGGAUUUCAACAUCCCUGGCGAGGAUGCUAGCUGUCACUUCGAAGCGGUGCUCGAUUCCCUUUCUGGUUUUGUUAAGUGCAGUGAAGCCUGCGCCUACCUUCUGGGCAAGGCCCUUUCUGAGGGAGUAAAUUUUGUGGUUGGAGCUGACGCUGGAAGCUUUCAAUCAUUGGCUAUCGAGGGAGGGUCGAGUGAUGCUGGUAGAAACGGGAGGAAGGUUGUGGGCAUCAAGACAGGCGAUGGAAUUGUCCACUACAGCGACACUGUCAUCAUUGCUGGUAAGAUUGCCCCAUUACAAUGGAACGUCGAUUUAGCUAAGGAUGUGCAACUAGCCGGGUCAUUCUCAACUCAGAUUCUGCCAGACCUAUCAUACCACCUCGAGUCCUCGGCUGGCAGUGUAGCGACCUUCAAGAUUGACGAUACGGAAACUGAUUUGUGGAACAAGUAUGCUCCGGAUAGAUUCCCCGUACUGACGUGGAAGAGCGCCCCUCGAGAUCAUAAUGGGAAAGACACAGGUAGCGUCUACGUGUUCCCUAGGACUGAGGAUGGGCUCAUCAAGAUUGGGUACCGAGGCAUCAAGUUUACGAAUUUUGUGCCCGCGCCUCAGGGGACAGCUUUUACACAGGAUGGCAAGUGGUCAAUUCCACUUCCAUCUGCCCGGUCCAAGUCGCUCCCCGAGCCUGCCACUGAAGCUAUUCGCCAAUUCGUGUCCAUCUUCCUGCCUGAAUUUGCCAACAGACCAUUCAAUUCCACGAAAUUCUGCUGGUACACGGAUACCCUUGACAAUUCGUUUCUGAUUGAUUAUGUCCCGUCAUAUGACGAUCAGUCCUUGUUCGUUUGCACGGGUGGGAGUGGACAUGGAGCCAAAUUUCUCCCUGUCCUUGGAAAGCAUGCUGCCGACAUUUUCGAACACGGGUCCCAGAGUACCUCGUACAUGUACCCUCAUUGGCGGUGGCGAGAGGACAAGUUGAGGGGAAAUGGGCUGGAGGAGGGGCCUACAGGACCCAGGGAUUUGCAGGGGCAGGGUCAUUCCAGCCCGUAA